AUGUCAUCACCAGUGGCAAAAAUGGUCUACACUAUCUUACUUCCUCUCAUCUUCCUGUUCUUCAAUUGUGUGGAAGCUCAGAACGGCGAUCAAAACCCGAAUCCUCCAAACUAUAAUCCACUUCCACGUAGCCCUAAUCAGUAUAAUGGCAACAAUCUAAGGAAUUCGUUUACCGCUCGCCCCAAUCCACUUCCACCUGGCACUUUUAAAGAUGGAGUGUUCAUUCCCGACCGGGGUAGGAAAUCAAAAGAAAGGGUAGAGCAGGAAGACAAGAACAGCCCAAAACACUCAGGCGUAGGCAAUGGCAAUGGCAAUAUUGGAGUCAUUAGCAACAAUGGUUGCCUAGGUAUAACAACAGAGAAUGGUCAGACGGUGGUGAAGGCGACGAUUGGCGGAAAAUCCUACACGGCUACGUUCCCGGGGACCAACACUUCGAUCUCCACCUCUACGGCCACCAACUACAAAAAUGGACGGCUUGAACACACAUUCAAGAUCACUGUAAACAACGAAACAUACGUCUACACGACAGUCAACGGCAAGACGACUGUAACCAAGUGUCAGGAACAGCAGGUCAAUGACGGUGGACCAUUCAAGGUUACUUCGAAUUAG